UGGAAGCGGAGGUGGAAGCGGACAAGAAUAGACGGAACAGACAUAGGCGCGUGUAAAGGCGGCUGAGAGAGAGCGAGCGCCGAUCAUUCGUACGAGCGUACGAUGCGUUGGCACAUCCCACGUUCGAGAAGAGGUGUAGCUCGUCAUCCGUAGCUCUGUCGAGUAGACUUUUGCGUGCCUGCCCCGGACAGCAUGUCAUCUCUGUCCGAUAACAUCCGUGUCCUGGCCAGGCAAGAGGCGUUCAAGGACUUCUCCUAUUUCGACGAGGAAACCGUGUCCGCGAAUGUCGGCAAACCGAUUCCACUGCAACCUUUAAAGCCGACAUCUUCCAUCAUUCUCACCGGAUACAUUCCUGAAAACGCAUCGCGAUUUUCGGUGAAUUUAACAUGCAAGACAUCUGGAAACAUCGCUCUGCAUUUUAAUCCACGACUGGACAGGGGCUACAUCGUCAGAAACACGAAAGUACGUGGAUCCUGGGAGGAUGAAGAGACUUGUUCGCCCGCUGGUUCAAGCGGAUGCAUUUUCCGCCGAAACAUCUACAUGCAUCUUAUGAUCUUCUGCACGAAUGAUGCGUUUCAGAUUGCGGUGAAUGGAGAGCACUUCUGUUCCUUUUGCUAUAGAUUGCCUCUCGUAGAUAUAAUGGCCCUAGAAGUUAAUGGCACUAUCGAGGAUAUCAGAACUCGUCAACUUAAUUUAUUUGUAUAUCCAGAUGCUAACAUUUGCCGGCCGUCCCGGACAUUGAUUCUAACAACCGAAGAACCGCUCGUCGAUUUUCUAGACGUUCCCAUCACUGUGGGUAUUGGUAGUGAAUUUCGCGUCGGUGCUAGUUUAUUCAUCGUUGGAAGAUUGAAGCUACUUCCGCACUCAUUUUACGUGAAUCUGCAGAGAGGCAAAACUAUUUAUCCUCAUCCCCUUAUACCACUGCAUUUAAAUCCACGUUUUUUAUACGGCAAUAGUGCGCCGUACGUGGUCAUGAAUUGUUGGAACAAUGGCACGUGGGAUCACGAAGAGCGACAUCAAGGCCACUUAUCCUGGAUGCCCGGCCGAGAUUUUUUGCUUACAUUCGUGUUUGCUUUAAUAGCAUUCGAUGCGAAUACGAAGGAUACACAAUAUGGCUGGAUAGUAAGAUGAUCGGCGAAUUUAAGCAUAGAUUGCAAUCAACAAUUGUGGACACUCUACGAAUAUCUGGCGAUGUCGUACUUUAUCAACUCAGUAUGAAUUGAUUACAUCUAACCGGACUACAACAUGUAUACGCAAUACUGCAAUAAUUGACUAUGUGAAAAAUGAUAAUGAUUGUAUGUUAGAGCGCGGAGGUUUAUGGGGUUUUACGUUUGAGCCUUUUCAGUGAUCGCAAAAUAUGCGAUGCAGAUGUAUUUUCGAUAUAAUGCUAAGAUGUUUUCACAUACUUUUCUUGGUAUCAUAUAUUUAUAUAUAUUUACAUUUGUAUAUACUACGAGAGCUAUUUAUUUAUGAGAAUAAAUCAAUAUCAAACAAACAA